AUGGAGGCCGUGCAGAUUGCCAAGAGCAUCCUGGCUGCCGAUGGGCAGCCGUUUGUGAUCCUGUCACUCGCCCAGGGGUUUGGGCCCGUGACGCCCGAGACACCGGUGCCAGUGGCACGUCGCAGCUACAUGCGUCUCGCUGGGAUCAUCCACCCAGACCGCCUUCAGGGUAGCUUCGACAAGGCCACGGAGGCGUUCCAGUGCCUGGUGAGUGCCUUUGAGUGCUUCGCAGAUCCCAAGGCGCGCAAGGAGGCCGCCGCCGCUGCACAGAAAAAGUCGACAGCGGAGACCCGGGCGCCCACCGCAGCAGGCGGCAGGAAGGCCAAGGCCGCGCCGCCGUCUUCCCCCAAGUCGCGCCCGUCGGCAUCGAAGCAGAUGAAGAAGGCCAAUUCAAAGGCCAGUGCGGCACCGGCUGUGAGGAAGUCAAGAGUGACUGCCGAGGGCGAGGAGGAGAGCGAGAGCGAGAGCGAGACCGAGGAGGAUGACGCCUCGGAGGCCUCGGCGGCGGACGAGAAGGCGUGGGAAGCAUUGGCCGCCGCCAAUACAGAGCCGGAAGUGUCGACGAACCGCACGCCGAUCGGGCAGCCGAGACUGGGUGGACUCCACCAGCCGACCACGGUGGGGUGCCCCAAAUGCCGCUCCCUCUGGGAGCCUGAUUCGCGGCCCCAGUACUCGCUCUUCAUGGGUCAUUGGGGUAAGAAGGUGCACUGUCAACUGUGUCUCUUCCAGUUUGGCUGUGCCACAGCGUUGCACGGCUGCCCACACUGCAGCGCGCCGUUCGACUACGAUGCCUCCAUGUACGAUACUGUGCAAACGUGCCAGCGGUGCAAAAGGCAGUUCGGCUUCCCCUACUACCCCGUCAGUCAGCACCUGAUCGACCAGAUAGCGCUGGCGGAGUGGCGAGAGCGCAUGGAGCGGCAGAAAGCGAGUGAGCGAGAGGCCCGGGCGAGGGCGCGUCACGGCGGCGGCGGCAGAGAUGAGGCGGCCGCCGCCGAGGAGGAGAUGCAGCUUCUGGUUGGCACCUGCAUCAUGGAGGAGGAGUGCCCCCUGUGCCACAAGCGCGUCAAGAGCAAGCACCGCGCGCACGUGGAGGGGUGCAUGGGCACAACACCAGGGGGGCUGGUUGCAUCGACUGGGAGGGCUACCAGGAAGACGACAGGAGCUGCGCCACCGCGCGACAAGGUUGCCAAGGCACAGACGUCCCGGGCUGCCAAGACGACCCCGAAGCCAAAGCGCAAGACGGCAACACCGGAGGUCGUCAAGAGGUCAGCCGUGCUGCGGACGCCGCGCAACAAGGCCUCGAAACCCGCCCCCGCCAAAGGGAAGAAGACGUCGGCGCCGCAGAAGCGCAAGCGGCAACGCAGCGACUCGGACUUCUCGGAGGAGGAGGACUCUCUCUCUGGCUCGGAGGGGGACGCGAUCACCUCCGAAUCGUCCUUCUCCGAAAGCGACUACGACGACAGUGACUAG